AUGUGCGAGAGCACGCCAUUUCCCAAGUGCGUGAACCGCGAUCGAAAGGCCGACGAUCGAUUUUUUCCCCCAUUUCUCGUCGAUCGGCCGUCGAGCAACAUGUCGACGUCGGACUUGGUCGGAUACUCGCACGACUUCCUCGCCGAAUUCAUUCACCUGUACCGCAGCUUCCCCUGCCUGUGGCAGGUGAGGUACAAGGGUUACAAGGACAGGCUGCUGCGGAAUCGCGCCUACGACGCCCUUGUGCAGAAACUGAGGGAGGUGAACCCGGUGGCGGACAGGGAGACCGUCAUACGAAAGAUCAACACGCUGAGGACCGCGUUCAGGCGGGAGUACAAGAAGGUGCGAAGCUCGCAGAAGAUGGUGCACAAUCCGCGGCAACGUUACAGAUCCUCGUUGUGGUACUACGAUAUAUUGAAGUUUGUCGCCGAGCAGAACGAGGCUGGUCCACUGGACGAAGAGAGGGACGUCAAGAACGCUUUGGCUCAUCCAACGGACCUCUCUCAGGAGGAGAUGAUGUCUGUGCAAACGGACGUAGACAAGAUCGAGCCACCGUCACCAGCCCCGUCACCGGCGGCUAGCUCCGCUCCUGCGUUCCAACCGAUCAUCCUGGAAACCGAGGGCUCGUACGUCAGAAGGAUUUCCAACAGCGCGUCGGCCGAGCCUCUCGUCCGAAGAAAGUGUCACCAGCAACAGGAAAGCUUCCCGGAUCGUCAGCCGAAGGACUCGCCGUGCGAACUGUCGCCGAGACAGUUCGCCAGCUGCGUGACCGACGAUCACUUCGAGACGUUCGGUCGUUACGUCGCGGGCAAAUUGAAGAAGUCGAUGCCCCGGCAGAGCAUCAUCGCCGAGAAGGUGAUCGCUGAGGUCCUCUCGAGGGCCAACCUCGGCACCUUGGAAGAGACCACCAGCCUCACGGAGAAAGUACCGUCCCGCUGUUUCUUGGUGAUGGGCGAUCGUUGAACGUGCCACCGAUCCAUCGUCAAUUCCCUUGGCGUUGAUUUUCUUAUCCGUCUACUCGCGUUCGCGAUUCAAACUGUCUCUGAUUGUCAGUGUACAGACAGGGUGGAAAGGAAAGUUUCUACCCGUAGGCGUGGAAUUGAAUUUCACGGUCGAAAGAUUUUUUCUUUCUUUUGCAUUGUAGUCUACUCAUCGCGAAGGUAAAACUGUCCCAAAGUUGAUAAAGAAAAGUUUCUUCAUCUUGAUUAAUUUAGACGCGUGCGUUCUAACAGCGACUUAAUAGUGUCUAGGUUCUAGACUAGCGUAGAUGUAGCCUUUAUGUUUCGAAUCAUGUCGACGGUUUUAUCAUUCGAUUAUUAUAUAGACUCUGCGCUACAACUAUGAUAAAUCAAAUGUUAGCGAACCGUAAUACGAAAAUUCACGCGUUCAGAGGAACCAUAAGGUCGCUGUUAGCACGCGCGCGUCCGCCGUUGUAAAUGAUUAAGAAACUUCUUUUGGCCAUUUUUCAAAAGAAUUGUUUGGUUACAACUUGUGGAAAAAUUUUUUACCUUCGAGACCAAGGUCAAGGUUUUGCGUGUGUUUCCAUCAAAUCGAAGGUGCAGAAUUCAUCCAUGAUAGCUACGGACAAACUUUUCUUUCCACCCUGUGCAUUGUACAUCUACCGUCUACCAGCCAAGAUUGCCACAUUAAAUUAUGGACAAAUAUCGAAA